CGUAUCUGGAAACUCGGCUACUUUUCUAAUGUGCUCACACCUGGCCGAUGGAUUCACCGUAUCGACGAGGUGAUCAUACCUGCAGGAUGUACAAAUGCAUCUACUGGUCGUAUGAUCACAGCGCCUCCAUGGGGUCCCAUGCAAGGUGGUAUGGCAAUAAAUGUGUCAGGACCAUGUCUGAGGCCUACUGAUAACAUCAAGGUCAAUUUUGAAAAUUGGCAAGUUGAUUGUAAGCGUUUGAAUCGAGUCAGAGCGCGAUGUAUCAUGCCGAUGUUCCAUAAAACUGGUCUUGUUUCCAUUCGAAUGAGUCGUGAUGGCGGUCAAAGUUUCCCAUUUUUUGGCAAAUUCUACGUUGUGGUACGGGAGUCGCGCAGUGUUGAACGGCGCUCAAUAUCACUAAAGGAUGAUGUCGACGACGUAUCAGCGUAUGCCGAAACGUUGACAAUGUCCUGGCAAGCGUUGAAUUUAACGUACAACUUUGGUGCUCGUGUUGAUAUUAGUCUUUUCGGCUAUUGGGAAGAUGCCGAUCGAUCUCAUUUUGUUCAAGUGGACUAUUUGGCUAAAGGUGUCACGAACUCUGGUUCCUACUCAUUUAAACCAGCUUCGCUUACACGGCAACCGCUGAUUAAGAAUGCUUGGCAAAAAUUCACAUUUGGAUUCGUGCGUGUAUCAUUGUCAGAUACAGAAGAUGGUGUUUUGUGGAGUAGGCCAACGCCGUUCCCUUGGUAUUAUUUACCGGAUUGGAAGAAGCACUAUGGCUUGAACUGGGCCUUGGAUAUGUGUAUUGAAUGGUUUGAGUACGAUGGUAAACGCAGAAAUUUCCAGAUGGAUCUCACAAAAGACAUCCCCUGCCCAUGUAAAAUGUCUCAGGCCCUGCUUGAUCUUGGUAGAUAUAUGCCCAUUAUGGAUUGUGACAAGGAUGGCGAUACAUCAUGUCCAGUCAACAAAGGAGCUCAGCACUGCAUUCAAGGCGUUCAGCCAAGCUCAACCGGUUCAUCACAGCAGUGCUGCUACGAUUAUGACGGAUAUCUAAUGUUCACUGAUGAUUGGGAACCGGAUGGUGAUUAUAACAGGUUUUUCCAACCGGGUACACCAGCUCGCGCGCACAAGUUUGGUGCGUCACCGUUCCGUCAGCCACCAUUCAUUCCAACAAUGUCAAAUUAUCAACUGGAUCUCAUGCCAUACAGAACGUGUUGCACCGAUGAUCCUGCUCAUAAACUGAUGGUUCAAGUACGGUUGGAGCAGCCAGACGACACUUUAUGUGGGCAUUCGCAUGUGAACGCCACUGUGAUCACUGGAGUUGCUGUUCAAGAAAAUGACAGCUCUGUAGUACAGGUGUUUGCUCGCAAGCCAAUGCGUCGGUGGCGUUACCGCACUGAUGUCUAUAGUGAAUUAAUUGAGAAGUUCUCCUUUAGUGCUGCUCUUCAAAUGAUCAGCUGUUUAGAUGUGGAUUUGCGCAAUCCACUACAAAACAUGAAUCAGUCUGAAAUAAUUAUUAUGCUGAAGUCUGGCAUUGGUAUUCGAGUACAUGAAAGUUAUGGUAUGCUCGAUCCAGGUGUCACCGCCUCUUCUUCGUUAAAUGCAGUAGAUGGGACAACUCGGUGCUACACGACUUUGGUUUAUGGGGAGUCACUCGGUCUACUGGCACAAUACACAGCCAGUACAACACAGAUGAUCUACGAACAAUUUGGAGGCGAGUGGAUGGAAAAAAACGACAAGAUUGGAUCGGUGUUAUUCAGCGAGCAGUUCAAGCCUAUCUAUAAUCCAUUACUGUUCGCUUCAACCGACUACACCCCUGUGUUUUGGCCUCAGUUUCUGGAUAUGAACGCCUCAAGAGUUUUCACAAUGGAACAGGUGACCAGUACCUGUCAAGGUGUUUCGCAAUGUGAAUACGACUAUAUGAUGACUGGCCGAAGGGAGAUAGGCCUAACAACUCUGCGAAAACAAAAGAACUUCAUAGCGAUGCAGAAAAGUGGCUCCAAACAGCUGAUUUCCUGUGGACCGUUGCUUAAGAAAGAAGGUGUUGUCAAAACUCCAGCGAACAACAAUUAUCUCGAUGGUGAUUCGGUAACAUUCUCAUGCAAACCAAAAUACUUCAUUCAUGGCGACAUAGAGAGAACAUGUCGUAACGGAACGUGGUCACCAGGAUGGUGGGCGUGGUGCCGAGAUCGCAAUCUCGAAUACGCGUUGAAAUGGAUGACUGCUUUGCUGUCAAUAUUUGGAAUCGUUAUGGUGUUUAUCAUCUUCUUCUGCAUUCUAUGGAAUAUUCGGCGGAAAAAACAGCAGGAACAUGCUCGACGAAUGUUAGAAAAGGGAGGAAGUGUGAACACACGGCUAAUCGAUGACGCUAAUUCUAAACAACGGCUAUCAAAACAAGGUCUUAGCUUGUUAGAUGAGGAGGCAUUGCGAACCGACAUGAGUGGUGCAUUCGAAGGCAGACCGUCAUAUAUGAGAGAUGACUUGCAGGCUGGGUUAAGUGAAGCUCCAUCGUACAUGCGAGAAGAACAACGAAGAUCAGCGCCACUCCUUCAGACGCGUGAAGUCAUCUCACCUUCCCGUCCGUCGGUGGUUGAGCGCCAGUUCACCACUAAUGUACAGCCUGUUGAGAUUCGUGGAACGAUAGGAGCUCCGUCUGUCGAGCGUCGUCAGUACACAACAACUAUGCAACCUACUGAGAUCCGGCGUGAAUUUGUGGGCGCUCCUACAGUGCAGUACACUACCAUGCAGCCUACUCAAUUUCGUGAAGUAGUGUCUGGUCCAACAGUGGUCCAGCAGCGGCAAUUCGGCGUGGUGCCGCAACAGAAUCAGGCUUUCUUUGAGACAUCCGCUAUAUAA